AUGAUAGAUAUAGACAAGUUUUUACCAGUUCUCUUCUUAUAACCUGGGCUAGUCUGGUCGUAUGUGGUAUAAAUAGGCGUUAAUCUGUGGGUAAAACAACACAAUUUUCAAAUCACCAUGAAGACUUUUUUCUUCUCCCUGUGUUUUGUUGCAUUUGUGGUGAUAGGCUGUGAUGCGGCCAAUGAAACAGCAGCGGCGGCUGCAACAGCACCUGCUCCAGCAGACGUGUGUGUUGUUCACAUACCUCACCCAGUCAAACACAGAAUCAAACAGCAUUACACAACAUAUAACUUAGCUGAUAAAAAGAAUCUAGAGGUAGACGAAAAACUAUACAUCAAGAGCUUAAAGGAACCACUCAAGGGACACCUCACGAAGAAGAUAGAGCAUGCACGUACAGUUGCAAAAGAACUUAAACACAAGUAUCACUUGUCGAAGAACGGGACAUCAGCCGAGAAAGCAGAAGCCUAUUUGAGAACUUUAGAAGGUGUAAGGUGGCAUCGUCAUCACAAUCGUACUGAUGUGUGUCAACUCUUACAUGGACUUCAUCACGUGCACAUACCACAUAAAAAAUGUCAUCCUGACACUGGAGAUAAAGCAUGUACAGGAGUAGAAGCAGGCUUAAGAAGUGUUUGGGGAGUGAAAACUUACAAGGUAUACCACUUGUAUGCAUUAUGUCCAGUUCAAAGUACUCCAGAUGCCAUCAGUAAACUCAAGAGGAAAAUUGAUGCCAUUAAAGUUGAAGUGGCAGAAACAUGUGGAUGUUUGAAACUCAAAUGCAUAACAAAGAAGAGAUAAACAUACAUUAACUCAAAUGGAAUUUAAUGAUUACACAUUCCAUUAAAUUAUUUUUUGUAUUCUUACUUUCUAACAGUGUAUAAAUACAGGUCAGGUCACUUAUGCUCCUUUACUUAGCUAUAGGUUUUUGAUUGAAUUUAAAAGUAAAGACAAUAUGAUCUUAUGACAAAUAAAUCCUGCAAAUUAACGUCAAUAAAAGUUGUGUUUUUCUUGA